AUGGGACUUGGGAGUUGGUCUCUUCUCAGCCCAAUCAAAAUAUUGUGGGUUGAUGCGUCUUUCGAAUCAAAUGCAAUCCUAAUGGAACCCUUGCCCGCGAUAAAGCUCGCCUUGUUGCCAAGGAGUUUCACUGACCUGGGGUUGAUUACCACGACACUUUUAGCCCAAUCAUCAAGCCCACAACCAUUUGCCUUAUUUUAUCAAUUGCCCUUAGACAUGGAUGGCCUUCUCAUGUUUGUUGCCUUCACAAGGCCAUUUAUGGCCUCAAACAAGCACCUCGUGCUUGGUAACAAUCCAUCAUUCAUUGCCCACUUUAUUCGUGCACUGUCCAUCAAAUUCUUAGUCAAAGACAUGGUUGCACUUCAUUAUUUUCUUGGUGUGGAGGUACUUUCAACCAACACAAGCCUGUUUCUCACUCAACAUAAGUACAUUCGUGAUCUUCUUGAUCGAACCAACAUGUCUGGACCAAAAGAAACUCACACUCCCAUGGCCACAUCUCAGUCUCUCUGUCUUGCUUAUGGCAAUCGAGAUUAUCACACUUCCACCACUGCUUACAUUGUCUAUCUUGGCAACAAUACCAUCUCUUGGUGUUCCCAAAAACAAAAGACGAUUGAUCACUCCUCCACUGAGGCUGAGUAUCGAGCCAUUGCCUCUACAACUGCUGAACUCACCUGGAUAUCCUCUCUGCUCACUGAACUUGGCAUCACCAUGUCUCAGCCUGACUUUAUAUUGUGA